GCAGUGGGUUCAUUAAAAGACAGAGUUCAACUUCUCGCCGUGGCAGAGCGCUGCUGGGAGGCCGGUUCAGCGGCGUGCGGAGUGCGGGGGGAAGCAAAAGGAAAGGGGGACAGAGAAAGAGAAAGAAUCCGGGAGGGGAGGAAACCCGCAGCGACUUCAGAGAACGCGAAGAGGCGCGGGGCAGGAGCGGCGGAGACCGCGGGAAGAAGGGGCAAGGCUGUGCGCUCCCGAGGCCCGACGAGGAGGAAGGAUGAUAAACGUGGUGACCGUGUGGCUGGUGGCCCUUUGCUUCCAGGCUGCUGUCCCGCAAACUACAAAUCUGAACCUUCCUCCUGAAGAUCUUGAUUCAUCUGGUGAUGACGAUGAUGCGUUCUCAGGUUCAGGUGCAGGUCCCCUGACUGACCAGUCUCGCAACUGGAGAUUCCCAGGAGAACCAACUAAUUCCUCGUUACUGGCAACACCAGUGGAUUUUAACGAACAACCAUUUCCUGGGAUUGAGGGCAGAACUGAAAAGGAAGUAAUAUCUCCUUCUGCAACUAGUAAUGUAGUGACAGAGGAGCCAGUUGUAGCUGUCAAGGAUGAAGUAUCCAUCCUGGGCUCACCUGAUGAGAAACCAGCAAAUGAUGUUGUUACAACAACAGUGAGAAGCCCCACUACUCAUCUUCCUUCAGUGGUUCAUGUAACUCCUUCAGAAGCCUCAGGCAUGGUCCAUGAGCCCGAACCUAAAAUCCCUAGCUCUUUCAUACCAGACACUAAAGACAUGCCUGAGCCCUACUCUACCAUCCAUCACGAGGGAGGCAUCAUUGCCACCCCCACGAUGACAACUCCAAAGGAUGUGGUUCCUACACAUGAAGAAGUUUCUGAAGAUGGCUCUGGAGACCCGGGAGACUUCAUCUUGACCAAAGAUGAGGAUUUGGUCCCCACCCAGAACUCAGAAGUACCGUCUGACUCUGGGAGGAAUGCCAAAGCGGCAGGAGCCUCAGGAAUUAUGGACAGAAAAGAAGUUCUUGGAGGUGUAAUUGCUGGAGGACUAGUAGGCUUGGUGUUUGCAGUGUUUCUAGUUGCAUUUAUGCUGUACAGAAUGAAGAAAAAAGACGAAGGCAGCUAUUCACUGGAUGAACCAAAACAGUCUAAUGGAGGAUACCAAAAACCACACAAACAGGAAGAAUUCUAUGCAUAAACACUGAUCUUUGGGACACUUCUUAUUCCAUCUUUCUUGGACUCUUCUCUCCCUGCACGUGGAUCUCCUAGUGUGCUUUGCAUUAAACUUAAGCCAUAUGAUCAUUGGAUUAUUUGCCCUUACCACUUUGCCAUUGGAAAUUUUAUAACUACAAAGUAGAUCUGGAUUCAUUGAACAUUCCCUGCUGUCUUGCACAACUUUUUUUAAUUUUUUUUUUAUAUAAAGAGAAGUGGGACUGAAGUUCCUAAAUUCACUUUGGUUUAUCUAAAGACUGCUGGGGCAGACGGUGGGGAGAAGAUAAGGGAGCACUGUAUGUAUAAACCUUGAUAUUUAGUGAAAGGUCUAGCAAGAAUAAGCAAUUAUCCGUGCUCAAAUUCUGUAUAGCAGGGAUCCUUCCUAUUUAACUCGUAGAUGUGUUUUGAGUGUAACAAAUGGCUGCGCUGGGUAGACGAUUGGUACACUGCAAUCAUCUAGCUCUUUCUAACUGCCAUAUUUGAAGCACUUAAUGCCUAUGAAACAUAAAGCUAAGCAUGAUUUCCAGAGAAAGGAGAUGUGAGGGGCAGGGUAAGCAAAUGACUGUCACAUGGUUUAAAGUAACUUACAUUUUGGAAGCAUUAUCCCAUACUCGGAACCAGCUCCUAAGCAGUUGGUGCAUACACUAAUACAAAACAAACCCCAAAACUAAGUGGAGAGUUCAUUCUACCAAUAGCAGUGGACUGUCCCACAACCCUCUUGCUCUUUCUAGGCUUAGGUAAGAAGUAGAUUUUUCUAAGCAGUGUCAUCUCGGAUAUUCCCUCCUAGGUGCCGGAUCUAGGCUGGGCUGUCAUGCUGCCCAUACUCUUAUCCCAUGCUACUGUGUAGUCACCAGGUGACUGAUUGUGUGUUGUAGCACCUACCUCUCUGUGCACUGUUUACAGUGGUUGUCUCAGAACGUGGUUUGCAGUCUGCCACAGAAUACCAUGGCACACAGGGGUGGAAGGUAGAAAGCAGCAUAUCAUGACUUUGCAGCUAAGGAGUAGAGAAGCACUGCAGCUGGAACAAGCCUGAUGAAGGCUUAGUGUAGAUGGCCUUAAAUAUAUUCAACAGUUGGCAUGCUUGGCUCUCACAACUCCAGAAUGGCUCUUCCGAAGCUGUUCCUGCACUUUGGAGAGAAGCAACUUCAGGGAUGUCAGACUAGCAAGGGCCAAAAAGCACCUUCUGAGGAAAGUUUGGAUGCCUGAAGCUGUUGGUGGUCAAUGUGCUGUUAGAUGCAAGGCACUGAGGCCUCAUUAAGGGUCUGGAGUUCUCCAGAAUAUCUCAAACUGAGUGAGAAGAAAAGUGUGGUGUUCUGCACAAGCCUUACUUCUUCUGCUCUGCCUUUGGUUAGCUUCUUGCAAGUUUGGUUUCUCAUCAUUCAGUGCAGAAGGUAUGGGGUGGGUGGAGGAAUGUUUACAGCGGAUGUAAAUAUUUGUACUGUUGAGGCAGAGGGAAUGAUUGGAGAAUAUUGCAACAGUUGGUACAAAUGUUGCACAUUAACAGUAAAACUUAAAAACCUGUGUAACUUAAAUGAAGUAUAAAACACUCCUGAGCUGCUAUGCAGCUAAAAUUGGUGCCUUCUCAGCAAACCCAAGGGAAAAAAACCCAAACACUUCUUGAUUCCAAACCCUUCUUUAUGCACAAAGAAAACUUGUGCAUAUGUGUAGCUGGUUGUUUGCAAGUAACGCUGCAAAGUCCAUUACAUAGUCUCUUUUUUUUUUUUAACUGAAUGAAUUUUUAUAGGUUAAUGCAAUGACCAGAUGGUGUUAAUUUCAGCUGUAAUUCUUUGCUCUGUAUAGGAAUGUAGAAAUACUGUUUGAUAGGUUUAUCUAUGAAAAGUCUUGUAAAGCAAAGUCAGAUAAAGUGGUAAACUUCAGUUGUACCUCACAACCUUGCUAGGGGGAAAGGAAAAAAAAACUGUAUAUUUUGGUAGUCUAAACUGACGGUUUGUGAAACAAACAUGACAUUCUGUGUUAUUUAAGUGGUACAAAUGAAAUAUGAGUUCUAACCGAAGAUGCAGCGUUCAGUUAUCUGCAUGCCAUGUAAAGGUAUACUGCAAUAAAUGGCAUUUUGGCAGGAA